AGACUUCACUUCUGUAACAAAAUCUAAAGGCAAGGGUAAUAUGACAGCACCUUCAUAUAUAGAUGAGAAUUUUGCAUCAAAUUCAAAUUCAAAAAUAGUAAAUUCAGCAGCAAAAUCAUAUAAAAAUAAUGAAAAUGAUUUUGAAGAACCUCAAGAAGAUUUAACAAAGCUUUAUAAUUCAUCUAAUGAACUCAAAGCUGCUAUAAACAAUACCAAAGAUCUAUAUGAAGAGCUAGCUGUAAAAGUAUGCAAAAUUCAGAAAAGUGAUUAUCAUAUAGCAAUAUUAGUCAAAGGCAUGAGUGGUUGGUUCAAUGUUUACUAUCACAAUCUUUAUAUUGCUAUUACAACUCUUGCAGAAGAAUUGUCAAUUAGUCAUUUAUCUAAAUUUAUAAGCAAAGUAACCUGGAAAAAAGUACCCAGAGCGCAUUUGCAAGCUACUGAUUUGUCAGUAUUAAAUAAUAAUUUAGAAAUAAUUACAAAGCUUAGUACUUUUAUAUGCCAAGCUAUUAGAGAUGUUCUUAUUGUACAGAAUAAACAACAAGAUACUAGAAUUGUGAUUAGAAAAUGUGACGAAAUCACUUUAGAUUUAAAAAUUCCAACUAAACUUAGAAUAGUCAAAACUUUAUCUGUUAGGACACUUUUAACUUUUUUCUACAAGUAG